GCAAAUUUAGACGAAAAUAUGAAAUAUCUUCUACUAUUGGAAUUUACUAUAAAUUCUUUCCAAAUAACCGGAAUUGUUUAUGAACUUUUGAUGUCCGAACCAAAUCUAAUGCUUAUAUUUCAACUGACUUAUUUAAGCUGUAUGGUACUUCAAAUUUUCAUGUUGGCCUGGCACGCCAACGAAGUUACUAUACAGAGCACCGAAGUGGCGCACGCCGUUUUCGAUUGCGAAUGGUACGAUUUACCGAAAACGAUAAAGGAAAUGUUGGUUUUCAUAAUUUUGCGAUCCCAAAAACCGCUCACUAUAUCCGUGGGACCAUUUUUCAUACUCACAAAUGCCACAGCAGUUACGUCCAUGAAAGCGGCGUAUUCUUACUUGGCGGUUUUGACUAACAGUAGAGGAUAA